UCCUUUGCUAUAUACCGCAUUGAUACUAAUAGGGGCGUAUUUCCUUUUGAACAACACAUUGCUGUGUAAGUGUCGUGCGCGUCUCGUUGUGUAAUUAAGGCAAGGAGCUGUUUCAGUUUAGUCUCCGCCAUGUCUGUCUAGUAGCUUAGGGUAUAGGGUUGCGAAAUGAAUCUCAGGGGGCUAUUCCAGGACUUCAACCCCAGUAAAUUUCUAAUCUAUGCGUGCUUGUUGCUCUUCUCUGUCCUCCUAUCCCUACGCUUGGAUGGUAUUAUACAAUGGAGUUACUGGGCAGUCUUUGCACCAAUAUGGCUUUGGAAACUCAUGGUCAUUGUUGGAGCCUCUGUUGGCACCGGGGUAUGGGCACGAAAUCCUCAAUACAGGGCUGAAGGAGAGACAUGUGUUGAAUUCAAGGCAAUGCUAAUUGCAGUGGGAAUUCACUUACUGCUGCUUAUGUUUGAAAUUCUUGUCUGUGAUAGAAUUGAGAGAGGAAACCACUACUUUUGGCUGCUGGUUUUCAUGCCUUUGUUCUUUGUGUCACCAGUCUCUGUAGCUGCUUGUGUUUGGGGCUUUCGUCAUGACAGGUCUUUGGAAUUGGAAAUCUUGUGUUCUGUUAACAUCUUGCAGUUCAUAUUUAUUGCACUAAGACUCGACAGCAUCAUCACCUGGCCCUGGCUGGUGGUGUGUGUACCAUUGUGGAUCUUGAUGUCUUUCCUAUGCUUAGUAGUUCUUUACUACAUUGUGUGGUCUGUCCUCUUCUUACGCUCUAUGGAUGUAAUAGCAGAACAGAGGAGAACACACAUUACAAUGGCAGUCAGCUGGAUGGCUAUAGUUGUGCCUUUGCUCACAUUUGAGAUUCUGCUUGUUCACAGACUGGAUGAUCAUAAUUUAUUCACAUACAUCCCGAUAUUUGUUCCUCUGUGGCUUUCUUUAAUAACACUAAUGGCAACAACAUUUGGACAGAAAGGAGGGAAUCAUUGGUGGUUUGGAAUCCGAAAAGAUUUUUGUCAGUUCCUGUUGGAAAUUUUCCCUUUCUUGCGUGAAUAUGGCAAUAUCUCAUAUGAUAUUCAUCACGAAGACAGUGAAGACGCAGAAGAAACUCCUAUUCCAGAACCCCCCAAAAUUGCCCCAAUGUUCCGCAAAAAGACUGGAGUCGUCAUUACGCAGAGUCCUGGAAAGUAUGUUGUUCCUCCUCCCAAAUUAAACAUAGACAUGCCAGAUUAAGGUCAACUUUAGCAGGCAUGCAGAAGACUUUAUGUAACAGCUGUUGUGCUAGAUGUGCUUUUCUAUAACUGAAUAUUACAUACUGAAUGGGAAAGCAUAUCUUCUCUGCACAGAGACUUUAAAUGCUACUGACCUCAUUUUUUAUUUGCAAUGUAAUGACUUGCUUUUCAGUUUGACAAUUCUUAUCUAUUCAGAGUUUAUGAAGGGCUCAGUAUGUGUAUAUGUGCGUUUGGUCAUUUCAGCAGUUCAGAGAUUAUUCUUUUCACCUUGAAAUCUAGAAAUGUUAAUAUAAAUGUUCCCUUUCUUCUGUUAUGUGUGAUCAGU